AUGUUCGCCGCCAUCGCCGGGCGAUACGACCGGCUCAACAGCGUGUUGAGCCUGGGGCUGCAUCAUUACUGGCGGCGCCGGACGGUGACGGCGAGCGGCUUGCGGCAUGGCGCGGCCGUUCUGGACCUGUGCAGCGGCACCGCAGACCUCGCGCUGGCCUUUGCUCGGCGCACCGGGCGGGAUGGACGGGUCGUUGCCACCGAUUUUUGCGACGCCAUGCUGGUGCGGGGCCGGCACAAGGCCGCCCGACACCGGGCACCCAUCGCCUUUGCCCUUGCCGACGCGCAGCGCCUGCCCUUCCGCGACGCUUCCUUCGAUGCGGUGAGCGUCGCCUUCGGCCUGCGCAACGUCGAUUGUCUGGCCACGGCCUUGGGCGAGAUGUACCGCGUGCUGCGUCCCGGCGGGGUGGCCGUGGUGCUGGAAUUCGGCCAGCCGCAGGGCGCCGUCUUCGGGCCCCUGUUUCGAUUCUAUUCACGCUAUCUGCUGCCGCGCAUCGGCGGCUGGCUGUCGGGGCACUCGGAAGCCUAUGCUUAUCUGCCCCGCACGGCGGCGGUCUUUCCCGCCGGCGCCCGCUUCAAGCAGGCCAUGCGGGAGCAGAGUUUCACCGACGUGCAGGCACGAUCCCUUACGGGCGGCGUGGUGUAUAUCUACCGCGCCGACAUGCCAGAAUUCGAGGACAUCAUCUACACAAAAGCAGACGGCGUGGCGACCGUGAGCAUGAACCGCCCAUGGGUUCUUAACGCGUUCCGCCCGCGCACAAUCGACGAGAUGCUGGAGGCGUUUCACGACGCCUGGUACGACGACGGCAUCGGCGUGGUGGUGCUGACCGGCGAGAAAAGCAAUUUCUGCACCGGCGGCGACCAGAAAAUCCGCGGCCAGGGCGGCUAUAACGACGAGUCGGGAACGCCGCGCCUACAAGUCCGCAACCUGCACCGCACGAUCCGCGAAAUUCCCAAGCCGGUCAUCGCCAAGGUGGACGGCUAUUCAAUCGGCGGCGGGCACGUCCUGCACGUCAUCUGCGACCUUACCAUCGCCUCGGACCGCGCCAUUUUCGGCCAGACGGGACCGAAGGUGGGCAGUUUCGACGCGGGUUUCGGCGCCAUGUACCUGGCACGCAUCGUGGGCGAGAAGAAGGCGCGCGAAAUCUGGUACCUGUGCGACCAAUACAGCGCCGAGGAGGCACGGGACAUGGGCUUGGUCAACAAGGUCGUGCCGCGCGAACAGUUGGAUGAAGAGACGGCUCUCUGGUGCCGCAAAAUCUUGGCGAAGAGCCCGACGGCAAUCCGCUUCAUGAAGGCCGGCUUCAACGCCGACACCGACCACGGCUACGGCUUGCAAGCCCUGGCGCACGGCGCCACCAGCCUCUUCUACACCAGCGACGAGGCCACCGAGGGGCGCACGGCGUUCCUCGAAAAACGCCAACCGGAUUUUGCGAAAUAUCGUCGAACCCCUUGGUAG